UAUAUCAAUUUCCGGGAUACGCCGCGUCUUACCAACUCCACCGGUCUUAUCUUAUAUCCUUUAUACCAUAAUACUUACUUGAUCGACAAUUGUUCUGCUGCGAAAGAACAGAAUUCGAUUAUAAGAGAAGGAAACGGCAUCAUGGAGUCUCUGAGCGAAAUUCCGGACUUCGAUACUUCACCGUCCAAAUGGCCUGUGGACGAGAUGCCUGGCGGCUUCGGGGGAGGCAACAAGCCUUUUUUCAACAUGUCGCGGCCUGGAUUCAACCCUAGUCGCUUCCGGUCCGGAAUGGAUAAUACGAAUGGGGCUCCGGUUCUGCUAGGGCUAGGGGCUGCAUUGAUGUUGCUUUCCAUUGCGUUGAUCGCGGCGAGGCUGUGGUCGAGAGCGCGGCCGACGUGGACGCUGAGGGCAGAUGACUGGACGAUUUUGGCUGGAUUAAUCCUAGCUAUCACCCAGUACGGUAUCAUCUGCGCCUCGGUGCUCUACGGUCUAGGACGACGAGCUCUCUUCGUCUCCUUCGCCCGCCGCCGUACCUCCCUCCACCUUCUCUUCAUUUCCCAAGUCUUCUGGUACUGGUCGCUCACGCUCAUCAAGCUCUCCGUAGCGCUGCUCCUGCUGCGCCUCAAGCACACCAAGCGCUGGCGCAUCUUCCUCAUCACCAUCAUGUGCAUCAUCAUCAGCGCGGCCAUUGUCCAAACAGUCUUCCAAUUCGCGCAGUGCCGCCCCUUCAGCGUCUUCUGGGACCCCCGCAUCUUCCGCGCCACAAAAGUGCAGUGCUUCGAAACGAGCGUCAUCAACGGUAACAUUGUCGCGUUCAGCACUCUUCAGAUCGUCCUCGACAUCGUCUUCAGCUUCAUCCCCAUGACGUUUAUCCGCAAACUGCACGUCCCGCGCCGCGAGAAGAUCUUCAUGUGCGUGCUCAUGGGGCUGGGCAUCUUCGCGUCCGUCGCGGCCAUCGUGCGAACCCUCGUUCUGCAAGGGAACUACAGGUCAGACGAUGUGUUCCGUACGAAUGUCGGGGUCGCGCUUUGGGCCCUCAUCGAGCAGCAUUUCGCCAUCAUCGCUGCUACGAUGCCGACGUUGAAGUCGUUUAUGGAACUUACUUUGGUCAGGAUCAGCUUGUUCUUCUACGAUCGCGAACCGGAGACGCAGGCGAGGGCGAAGCUCGUCGCGCUGGGAUUGCUGGACAAGGACGACGUGCUGGAGCGCGAUGAGGAGGUGCAGAUUGGGAGGAAACCCAGCAUGGCGGCGUCGACCAAGUCCAAGGCCAGUAAACACAAGAAAGAGGAGGUGAAGAGUGGUGUGGAAAGAGGAGAUGAGAAGGAGGCGGACAUGAGUUUCGAGGAGAUGAUGCUGGGAGGUGACGGUGGUCGUGGUAGGGGUUUGGGCGGUGUCGCAGAAGAAGAAGAUGAGAAUAUGAAGGCGGAAAAGGCCAAGGAGUUUGUUUGA